AUGAAGAUGGCAGUAAACUAUAUCUGGUGGAUUUCGAAAAGAAAAGCAUAGAUGAUUUUGAGGAAAGGAGAGAGAAAGAACGGCGGGAGAAAGAUGAUAUAGAUAGAAGAGAGUUUGAGGAAGAACAAAGACAACUGGCUGAACCUGUCCCUUUGCCUGAUACAGUAGAAGAAGAGUGGGUUGACUAUGUUGAUGCAUUUGGUCGAGCAAGGCGCUGUUUAACGAAAGAUCUUCCGGAUAUACAAAGACAGGAUGGAAUUCUUCAAGUUAUAAAGAGGGGGAAGAGUGAAGAUAUUCUAAAUUCAAUGUCUAAAGAAAUGAUACAUGAGAUGGAAAGACAAAAAUGUGAAAAAGAGGAGAUGGAGAGAAUGGAAGAGGAGAAACAAGGGCCCAUACAUUAUUCUGAUGUACAACACAAUGAGAUACGUACACAUGGUGUUGGGUAUUACAAGUUUGAUAGAGAGGAAAAUGUCAGAAAAGAACAGAUGGAACAACUAAAUAAACUGAGACAAGAGACAAAAGAUGAGAGGUCAAAAAGUGAGAGAAUUAAGGAAAAGAGGAAAGCUGCACUAGCUGCAAGAUUAGCUGUGGUAAAACAUAGGAAGAGAGUGAAAUUAGGUCUACCAGAAUGUGACCAUGAGGAUGUAAAUUCAGAUGAAGAUAUAGGAGUAAAUGUUGAAGAAAAGGGGAAGAAAGAGCCUGAACCUUUAACUAGAGAUGAUAGGUGGAGAGCUACAGGAAACUCCAAUAGAGACUGGGAUAAAGGAAAACAUUUUACCAUGGAAAGGUCAGAGGAAGCUUGGCUUGAGAAACUGAGGGCUGACAGAGAAAAGGAUUUUGCUCCGCCUUCUUUUUAUUAUGAGUCUCAUAGUUCAAACAUAGAUAACAAGAUCAUAGAUAGUUCCUCCAAAGUGAAAGAAUUGAAUGAAAAUGCCAAAAAAGAUAAUGAAAUAGAGGCAGUGAUUGAAAAACAACUUAUUAAAAUAAGAAAUAAAAACAACCUUGAAACAUCUGCUUCAUCAGCCACAAAUGUUUUUAUAGAUAGAGAUGUUGCCAUGUCUGAUGAAGCAGAAAAUGUAGAUAAGAGAACAUUAAGAGAACAGUCUUCCUCCCUUAAUUUUUUUCAGUUAACCAAUAUUCCUUCAACGUUUAAUAAACUUUCUCCUAAUUUUGGCCCUCCUGCCUAUGAUGCGCCACCUCCAAAUAUAAAUUUUCAACCCCCAAAUUUUAGUCUUCCUCCACCAGGAUAUGUUCAACCUGCUGUUGCCAGCUUUUUGCCAGACCCCAUAUUGUCACAGGCACCAAUACAAGAGACAUCUGUGACUUCAGUUGAAACAAAUCUUAGUGAAACCUCUAGCUUUGUAAUUUCUAAACAAACACAAUAUAUAGAAACACAAGAUACAGCAAAGAUAAAAAGGAAGUUUGUGCCUAAACUUAGUAUUAUAGAUACCCGGCUGAUGGGCGGAGAAGGUGAUUGAAAUUAUGUCAGUGAUCUUUUUUUAACUUCACAGGAAUGUUCCUUUGGUGGUCACCUUUAAAAAAUGUUCAAAGAAUUUAAUUCCAUGCAGAACUCUGGUUGCCAUGGCAACCGAAAGAAAAAACUUUAAAUAUCUUCUUUUAAAAAACCCUAAGAGCUAGAGCUUAGAUAUUUGGCAUGGAACAUCUUCUAGUGAGUGUCCACCAAGUUUGUUCAAAAAAAAUCCCUGGGGUCAAAAUUGGCCCCGCCCCAGGGGGUCAUUGAUUUUCCCUAUAUGCAUAUAGUAAAAACUUAAAAAUUCUUCUUUUAAAGAACCCAAAGAGCUAGAGCUAAGAUAUUCAGCAUGAAACAUCUUCUAAUGAGUGUGUACCAAGUUUGUUCAAAUAAAAGCCCUGGGGUCAAAAUUGGCCCCGCCCCAGGGGGUGAUUGAUUUUCCCUAUAUGCAUAUAGUAAAAUCUUAAAAAUUCUUCUUUUAAAGAACCGAAAGAGCUAGAGCUAAGAUAUUCAGCAUGAAACAUUUUCUAAUGAGUGUGUAUCAAGUUUGUUCAAAUAAAAGCCCUGGGGUCAAAAUUGGCCCCGCCCCAGGGGGUCAUUGAUUUUCCCUAUAUGCAUAUAGUAAAAACUUAAAAAUUCUUCUUUUAAAGAACCUAAAGAGCUAGAGCUAAGAUAUUCAGCAUGAUACAUCUUCUAAUGAGUGUGUACCAAGUUUGUUCAAAUAAAAGCCCUGGGGUCAAAAUUGGCCCCGCCCCAGGGAGUCAUUGAUUUUCCCUAUAUGCAUAUAGUUAAAACUUACAAAAUCUUCUUUGAAAGAACUCAAAGAGCUAGAGCUAAGAUAUUCAGCAGGAAACAUCUUCUAAUGUGUGUCUACUUAGUUUGUUCAAAUAAAAGCCCUGGGGUCAAAAUUGGCCCCGCCCAGGGGGUCAUUGAUUUUCCUUAUAUGUGUAUAGCAAAAACUUAAAUAAUCUUCUUAGAAAAAACCCAAAUAGCUAGAGUUUAGAUAUUAAGCAUGAAACAUCUUCUAGUGAGUGUCUACAAAGUUUGUUUAAAUAAUAGUCCUGUGGUCAAAAUUGGCCCCGCCCCGGGGGGUCUUGAUUUUCCCUAUAUAUGCAUAUAGUAACAAACUUAAAAAGUCUUCUUUGAAAAAACCCAAAUAGCUAGAGUUUAGAUAUUAAGCUUGAAACAUCUUCUAAUAAGUGUCUACAAAGUUUGUUCAAAUAAAAGCCCCGGGGUCAAAACUGGCCCCGCCCCAGGGGUGUCACUGUUUUUAACUAGAUGUGUGUAGUAAAAACUUACAAAAUCUUCUUUUAAAAAACCCAAUGAACUAGAGCUUACAGGGGGAUGAGAUCAUUGUUUUUCAUUACAUGUGUGUAGUAAAAGCUUAACAUUGUGAAACAUCUUCUAAUGAGUGUCUUCCAAGUUUGUUCAAAUAAAAGCCCUGGGGUUUAAACUGGCCCUGCUCCGGGGCCUAUAUACAGGUGAGCGACCUCAGGGCCAUCAUGGCCCUCUUGUUAUCCCCCGCCGAAAAAUUUCGGCGGAGGAUAUAGAAAUAGUCUCCGUCCGUCCGACCUUCCGUCCGUCCGUCCUUCCGUCCGACAUUUUUGUCCGGAGCAUAUCUCUAUAAGUAUUUGAGGUAUCAACUUGAAACUUCAUAGGUGGAUAGACGUCAUUGAGGAGGAGUGCAGUGCACAAGAAUGAUAACUCUACCUUGCAUGAUUUUUGAGUUAUUGCCCUUUGUUAUUUUUCAAAAUUGAUUUUUGUCCAGAGCAUAACUCCAAAAGCUUAUGAGAUACUAACAUGAAACUUCAUAGGUGCAUAGAUCUCACUCAGGAGGUGUGCAGUGCACAAGAAUGAUAAUUCUACCUUUCAUAAUUUUUGAGUUAUUGCCCUUUGUUAUUUUUCAUACCUAAUUUUUCACCUGAGUGGAGCAUAACUCGAAAAGUGUUUGAGAUAUCAACAUGAAAUGUCAUAGGUGGAUAGAUCUUAUUGAGGAGGAGUGUUGUGUGCAAGAAUGAUAACUCUUCCCCAUACAAUUUUUGAGUUAUUGCCCUUUGUUUUUUUAUGUUAUUUUGUCCAGAGCUUAUCUCAAAAAGUAUUUGAGGUAUCAACUUGAAACUUCAAAGGUGGAUGGAUCUCAUUGAGGAGGAGUGCAGUGCUUAAGAAUGAUAACUCUACCCUGCAUUAUUUUUGAGUUAUUGCCCUUUGUUAUUUUUCAAAAUUAAUUUUUGUCCAGAGCAUAACUCAAAAAGCCUUUGAGAUAUCAAAAUGAAACUUCAUAGGUGCAUAGAUCUCACUCAGGAGGUGUGCACUGCACAAGAAUGAUAACUCUACCUUUUAUAAUUUUUGAGUUAUUGCCCUUUGUUCUUUUUCAUACUUUAUUUUUCAAUUCAAUUUUUUUCUCAAAAAGUAUUUGAGGUAUCAACUUCAAAACUUCAUAGGUGGAUAGAUUUUACUGAGGAGGGAUGCAGCACACAAGAAUGAUAACCUACCCUGCAUUAUUUUUCAGUAAUUGCCCUUUGUUAUUUUCAGCCAUCAGUAUUCACAUAGGUUUCAAAUCUGUAAUCAUUAUAGCCAUCAGUUUUCAUUACCAAAAGACCUCUUAAAAUGGAAUUAUUCCGCUCUACUACAUAUACAUUCUUCCAAUGAGCAAACACAUUCGGCGGGGGAUGGCCAUGUUGACAUGGCUCUUGUUUAUUUUUGUGUUGACUGUCACAGAGUACCAGUGACAUAUAGGUAACAUUUCUCCAUUGCCUGUCUGUCUAUUUGUUCAUCACAAAACUUGUCAACUACUGGUGCAAUUUUAUGCAAACUAUACAGAAAUUAUCAGUACCAACUUUAGCAUAUCUUCAGCAUUUUUCAGUUCAGUGAUUUUUGUCAAGAUUUAUAGCCCAUAAAUCAUUUUCAAAGCAAAAUUUCAAGCUAUUGUUAUAGUCAGGUUGUUGAUACCAUAGUCAUUGCUAUCCAGAAACUUUAACUCUGGCCAUUUUAAUGUUUUUAGCUCACCUGUGAAAGGGUGAACUUUUGUGAUCGCUUUUCAUCCGGCAUCCGUCCUUCCAGCAUUCAUAAACUGUUAUUUUAAAUGACAUCAUUUUCUUAUAAACCACAAAGCCAAUUUAAUCCAAACUUCACAGGAAUGUUCCUUUGGUGGUCACCUUUAACCCUUUCGCUGCCAGAGGGUUAUUGUUUUAUUUAUGAACUAUUUUCCAGAAGGUUUUCUAAGAAAUUACUAUAUUGUUAAUUAAUAUAAUAAUAAUUAUUAUUUGUUAUUAGUAUUAUUAUAAUUAUAUAUGUUUCAAAAUAUGCUAGUAUAAUAAUAAUUAUUGUCGAUGGUAUAAUUUUCUUUAUAUUUAUUAUUAUUAUACGCCCGAGCCGCCUCCAUGGUCGAGGGGUUAGAGUCGAUGACUUCUAAUCCAGUUACCUCUCUGGCGUGGGUUUGAUCCCCGGGAGAUGCUUUGGUAGUUUAGCGCGGAGGAAGGUAGUCUAGUACUGGUGUAACUCUCCAGGAACGAUGGUUAGGAAACUACCCGCCUAUAUGACUGAAAUACUGUUGGAAAAAGGCGUAAAAUGAAAUAAACCAACAAACAGAAAAACGGGACGUAUAUUAUGGGAACGCCCCUGGCGGGCGGCGGCGGCGGGCGUCGUCCACUUUUGUCCGGAACAUAUCUCCUACAUGUAUGGAGGGAUUUUAAUGAAACUUCAUAGAAAUGUUCACCACUAUGAGGAGCAGUGUCGCGCAUAUGAACCAGGUCUCUAGGUCAAAGGUCAAGGUCACACUUAGAGCUCAUUGAAAAAUGCUUGUCCGGAGCAAAACUUCCACAUGUAAAGAGGGAUUUCAAUAUUACUUGUGCCAAAUGUUCACCAUUGUGAGGCGGAGUGUCGCGCGCAAGAUUCAGGUCCUUGCGGCCAAGGUCAAGGUCACACAUAAAGGUCAAAGUUCAGAUAAAAAUAUGAAGAAGUGUAUAUGGACCAUUUAGUUAUCAUUUAUUGAGGGAUUGUAACCCAAAUGGUCAUUGUCAAGACUUUGGCUGUGAUACAUAUAAUUUAGGUCAAUAUAUACAAGGUCAAGGUCACUAAAGAUGAUGAAAUAUCCAGAUUUUGUCUGGAGCAUAUCUCCUACAUGUAUGGAGGGAUUUUAAUGAAACUUCAUAGAAAUGUUCACCACUAUGAAGAGCAGUGUCGCGCACAUGAACUAGGUCUCUAGGUCAAAGGUCAAGGUCACACUUAGAGCUCAUUGAAAAAUGUUUGUCUGGAGCAAAACUUCCACAUGUAUAGUGGGAUUUCAAUAUUACAUGGCACAAAUGUUCACCAUUGUGAGGCUGAGUGUCGAGCGCAAGAUUCAGGUCCUUGCGGCCAAGGUCAAGGUCACACAUAGAGGUCAAAGUUCAGAUAAAAAUAUGAAGAUGUGUAUAUGGACCAUUUAGUCAUCAUUUAUUAACCAGGUUUUCAACGAAAACCGGGUUAUUGUAAUGCCGAAGUCGGUGGGCAGGCUGGCGGGCGGGCAGGCGGGCGGGCGUCAACUUUUGGUUUCCGCUCAAUAACUUUAGUUUGCUUUGGCCUAUUGACACCAAACUUGGUGUGUAGGUAGCUUAUAUCAAGAGGCAGCUUGGGAUUGCUACCCAGGUGUCUGUGAUCAAGGUCAAGGUCACUGUAACUAAAAAUAGAAAUUCAGUUUCCGCUCAAUAACUUGAGUUUGCUUUGGCCUAUUGACACCAAACUUGGUGUAUGGAUAGGUUAUAUCAAGAGGCAGCUUGGGAUAGCUACCAAGGUGUCUGUGAUCAAGGUCAAGGUCACUGUUACUAAGAAUAGAAAUUCAGUUUCCCCUCAAUAACUUGAGUUUGCUUUGGCCUAUUGACACCAAACUUGCUGUAUGGAUAGCUGAUAUCAAGAGGCAGCUUGGGAUAGCUACCCAGGUGUCUGUGAUCAAGGUCAAGGUCACUGUUACUAAAAAUAGAAAUUCAGUUUCCGCUCAAUAACUUGAGUUUGCUUUGGCCUAUUGACACCAAACUUGGUGUAUGGAUAGCUUAUAUUAAGAGGCAGCUUGGGAUAGCUACCCAGGUGCCUGUGAUCAAGGUCAAGGUCACUGUUACUAAAAAUAGAAAUUCAAGUUCCGCUCAAUAACUUGAGAUUGCUUUGGCCUAUUGACACUAAACUUGGUGUAUGGAUAGGUUAUAUCAAGAGGCAGCUUGGGAUAGCUACCCAGGUGUCUGUGAUCAAGGUCAAGGUCACUGUUACUAAAAAAAGAAAUUCAGGUUCUGCUCAAUAACUUGAGUUUGCUUUGGCCUAUUGACACCAAACUUGAUGAAUGGGUAGCUUAUAUCAAGAGGCAGCUUGGGAUUGCUACCCAGGUGUCUGUGAUCAAGGUUAAUGCAUUUAGUUUUCAUGUUAUAACUUGAGUUUGCUUUGACCUUUUGACACCGAACUUGCUGAGUGGUAGCUUUGGAUUGCCACUUAAAUAUCUGGGAGCAAGGUCAAGGUAAUUUGCUUACAAUAGAAUUUUCAGUAUCUACUCAAUAACUUCAGUGCACUUUGACCUAUUGAUUGCUGUCACAUCAAAACUUGGUCGUUGAAAACCUGGUUUUCGUCGCAUUGCGGCGCUUCUUGUUGAGGGAUUGUAACACAAAUGGUCAUUAUCAAGACUAUGGCUGUGAUGCAUAUAAUUAAUGUCAAUAUAUACAAGGUCAAGGUCACUAAAGAUGAUGAAAUAAUGAGAUUUUGUCCGGAGCAUAUCUCCUACACGCAUGGAGGGAAUUUAAUGAAAUUUCAUAGAAAUGUUCACCAUUAUGAGAAGCCAUGUCAGGCACAUGAACUAGGUCAAAGGUCAAGGUCACACUUAGAGCUCAUUGAAAAAUGCUUGUCCGGAGCAAAAUUUCCUGAUGCAUAGAGGGAUUUCAAUAUAACUUGGCACAAAUGUUCACCAUUGUGAGACGGAGUGUCACGCAUAAAAUUCAGGUCCCUGCAGCCAAGGUCAAUGCCACACAUAGAGGUCAAAGUUUAGAUAAAAAUAUGAAGAUGUGUAUAGGGACGAUUAAAUCAUCAUUUAUUGAGGGAUUGUAACACAAAUGGUCAUUAUCAUGACUACGGCUAUGACACAUGUACUUUAGGUCAAUAUAUGCAAGGUCAAGGUCACUAUAGAUGGUGAAAUAUCUAGAUUUUGUCUGGAGCAUAUCUCCUACAUGUAUGGAAGAAUUUUUAUAAUACUUUAUGGAAAUGUUCACCACCAUGAUGUGUAUUGCUCCAUGCAUGAUCCAGGUCAAAGGUCAAGGUCACACUUAGAGCUCAUUGAAAAACGCUUGUCCUGAGCAAAACUUCUACAUUCAUAGGGGGAUUUCAAUAUAACUUGGCACAAAUGUUCACCAUUGUGAGGCUGAGUGUCGCACGCAAAAUUCAGAUCCCUGCGACCAAAGUCAAGGUUACACAUGGAAGUCAAAGUUCAAAUAAAAAUUUGAAGAUGUGUAAAGGGACCAUUUAGUCAUCAUUUAUUGAUGGAUUGUAGCACAAAAGGUAACUAUCAUGACUACAGGUGUGACACAUUUAAUUUAGGUUAAUAUUUGCAAGGUCAAGGUCACUGGAGAUGAUUAAAUAUCCAGAUGUUGUCCGGAGCAUGUUUUCUACAUGCAUGGAGGAAUUUUGAUAUUACUUUAUAGAAUUGUUCACUACCAUGAAAAGUAGUGCCCUGCACAUGAACCAAGUCUCUAGGUCAAAGGUGAAGGUCACAGUUAGAGGUCAUAGCAAAACACUUGUCUGGAGCAAAACUUCUACAUACAUAGAGGGAUUUCAAUAUAAUUUGGCACAAAUGUUCAUCAUUGUGAGGCUGAGUGCCGUGCAUAAAAUUCAGGUCCCUGCGACCAAGGUCAAGGUCACACAUCCUGUGCAUAUGUUCCCUACUGAUUUGUUCUAAGGUUCAUUUAACAACACAGUGCCAAGGAUAAAAACUUGCUUGCUAGAUAACACUUAUCCAUAAUGCCCCCAUCUCCAUCUAAAGCUUUCGUAAACGGGCGUAUUUUGUGACUAUGGCACCCUUGUUUUUAUUAUUAUUAUUAAUUUAUUAUUAUUUUUAUGCUCCCCGAAAAAUUUCAGGGGAGCAUAUAGUCGGCGCCUUGUCCGUCUGUCCAUCCGUCCGUCCGUCUGUCCGUCCGUUGUCUUGUCCGGAGCAUAACUUGAAAACCCUUGGAGAUAAUUUGUUGAAACUUCAUACAGUGGUAGAGGGCAUAGAGGGGGAGUGCAGUGUCAAAGAACCAUAACUCUAUUUUGCCAGGUUUUUGAAUUAUCUCCCCUUAUAGAAAAAUCUUGUCCGGGGCAUAACUCUAAAACUAUAAGAGAUAUCAACAUGAAACUUUGUAGGUGAAUAGAUCUCAAUGGGUAGAUGUGCAGUGCAUAAGAACAAUAACUCUUUUUAUCCUAAUUUUGGAGUUAUUGCCCUUUGUUAAUUUUGAUACUUUGAACUUUGUCCGGAACAUAACUUGAAAACCCUUGGAGAUAAUUUGUUGAAACUUCAUACAGUGGUAGAGGGCAUCGAGGGGGAGUGCAGUGUCAAAGAACCAUAACUCUAUUUUGCUCGGUUUUGAAUUAUCUCCCUUAUAGAAAAAUCUUGUCCGGGGCAUAACUCUAAAACUAUAAGAGAUAUCAACAUGAAACUUUGUAGGUGAAUAGAUCUCAAUGCGUAGAUGUGCAGUGCAUAAAAACAAUAACUCUUUUUGUCCUAAUUUUGGAGUUAUUGCCCUUUGUUUAUUUUUAUACUUUGAACUUGAACUUUGUCCGGAACAUAACUUGAAAACUCUUGGAGAUAAUUUGUUGAAACUUCAUACAGUGGUUAGGGGCAUCGAGGGGGAGUGCAGUGUCAAAGAACCAUAACUCUAUUUUCUAUUUUGGUUUUUGAAUUAUCUCCCCUUAUAGAAAAAUCUUGUCCGGGGCAUAACUCUUAAACUAUAAGAGAUAUCAACAUGAAACAUUGUAGGUAGAUAGAUCUCAUUGAGUAGAGGUGCAGUGCAAAAGAACCAUAACUCUGUUAAGCCUUAUUUUUGAAUAAUCUCCCCUUUUAGAAAAAUCUUGUCCAGGACAUAGCUGUAAAACUAUAAGAGAUAUCAACAUGAAACUUUGUAGGUAGAUAAAUCUCAAUGGGUAGAUGUGCAGUGCACAAGAAUCAUAACUCUACCUUGCCUAAUUCUGGAGUUAUUGCCCUUUGUUUAUUUUUACUUGUUGAAUUGUCCAGGACAUAACUCGGAAAUCAUAAGAGAUAUCAUCAAGAAACUUUGUAGGUUGAUAGAUCACAUUGAUUAGAAGUGCAGUGCAAAGAACUGUAACUCUGCCUUGCCUAAUUUUGGAAUAAUUGCACUUUGAACUUUUUCCACGGACAUAACUCUGAAACUACAAGAGGUGUACUUUCCUGUGUCCAAAACCUAUUCGGGGAGCAAAACCCGGCUCAAACCGGGCUCUUGUUAUGAUUACUAUAGAAACGGCUAAAGCCAUCCAUAUGGCAAAUGCGCCGAAAAUAACAGGGACGGCUUAAGCCGUCCCUAUGGCAGUGAAAGGGUUAAAAAUUGUUCAAAGAAGUCCAUGUAAAACUCUUGUUGCCAUAGCAACCAAAAGAAAAAACUUUAAAUACCUUCUUUUAAAAAACCCAAAGAGCCAGCGCCUAGAUAUUUGGCAUAAAACAUCUUCUAGUGAGUGUCUACCAAGUUUGUUCAAAUAAAAGCCCUGGGGUCAAAAUUGGCCCCGCCCCAGGGGGUCAUUGAUAGUGCUUUAUGAAAUUGUGAUAGAUGAUCACAUUAAAUCCUUUUUUAAAAAAAUACAUUAUUUCUCAAAUAAUAUAAUCUUAAUUAUUUGAGAAAAAAAUAAUUUUUUCUUCAGAAAUAAACAUUGAUAUUAAUAAAAAAGUAAGAAAAAACCCUACAAACAAAAUAGAUGUCUUAUUCUACAGCAUAUGAAGUACUUUAUGAAAUUGUGAUUUAUGAUCUAUGGUCACAAGAAUUUCAAUAAACAAGCGUAAGCCUUAGGCUAUAAUUCUCAAGUUAACGAGGCCCUUUGAAGUGGUGAUAUACUGAUAAUGAUCUGUGAUUUGAUUAUUAUUAAAAUCUGGGAAUCCUGCAUUAUAUAUCUAUAUUAUUUCCAAAUAAAAUAUGAUCUUUUUUCUAAUUAUAAUAAAUAUGUUCAUAUGAAGUUGAACGUAAAUUAUUCAGAAAUAAACAUUGAUAUAUUGGAGGAAAAAGUUUUUUAUCUUUUGUAAUACAGCUUACAUGACUGUGCCUUUAAUAUUGAAGUAUGUUUUAGCAUAGGAAAAAAUUCAGUGCAAUGUUUCACCAGAUUAAAAUUAAAUUGAUGCUGACUGCAUAGUCUAAAAAUAAUUUCAAACAUUUGUCACAAAAUAUCAAGUUUUUGUUAUCUUUCUCAAUAAAUAAUUAGUAUCCACUAUAAGGCCAUUGCUCACUAAUUACUCGGCUAACAAGCCCCUUUGGUGUGGUAAUGUUAAUGGAUUAUCGAUUAUAAGUAAAAUUAGAUCUCCUUUUUUAAAUUCAAAUAAUAUCUCUAGGUGAAAUAAAUAACAAAAAAGUCAAAAUCUAAUUUCAAAAAUAUCUGUAACAUGAUGAAAAUUCACUGUAUCCCACUGUAACCUUGUGUAACCCUUGUAUCCCUGUAUCCCUUGUCAUGUGGGGGUGAAAAAUAAUUGUGAUUUUGUGCCAUAUAUGGAAAUUUUUCUUAACAGUUUUCUCAGCAACUACUCAUUACAGCCUCUUGAUAUUUGGUAUACAGCAUCAACACAUGGUCCCAUACCAAGGGAGUCGAUUUCAGGUCUGUCGCUCAUCCUUUUCCUGUUUGUCAACUUAGUUAAAUUUUCAACAUUAAUGGUCAAUGGUAGGAAAUUUUCGUAACAGUUUUCUCAGCAACUACUUAUCACAGCCUCUUGAUAUUUGGUAUGCAGCAUCAACACAUGGUCCCAUACUGUGGGAUUUGAUUUCAGGUCUGUCGAUCAUCCACUUCCUGUUUGCCAACUAGGUUGAAUUUUCAACAUUAAUGGUCAAUGGUAGGAAAUUUUCGUAACAGUUUUCUCAGCUGAGUGAAGUACUUAUCACAGCCUCUUGAUAUUUGGCAUACAGCAUUGACAGGUAGUCCCAUACUGUGGGAUUCAAUUUCAGGUCUGUCGCUCAUCCACUUCCUGUUUAUCGACUUAGUUAAAUUUUUGACAUUAAUGGUCAAUGGUAGGAAAUUUUCGUAACAGUUUUCUCAGCAACUACUUAUCACAGCCUCUUGAUAUUUGGUAUACAGCAUCAACACAUGGUCCCAUACUGUGGGAUUUGAUUUCAGGUCUGUCGCUCAUCCACUUCCGGUUUGCCAAUUUAGUUAAAUUUUCAACAUUAAUGGUCAAUGGUAGGAAAUUUUGGUAACAGUUUUCUCAGCAAGUACUUAUCACAGCCUCUUGAUAUUUGGCAUACAGCAUUGACACAUUGUCCCAUACUGUGGGAUUUGAUUUCAGGUUUGUCGCUCAUCUAUUUCCUGUUUUUUGGACUUGGUUAAAUUUUCGACAUUAAUGGUAGGAAAUUUUCGUAACAGUUUUCUCAGUAAGUACUUAACACAGCCUCUUGAUAUUUGGCAUACAGCAUUGACACAGGGUUGCAUACUGUUGGAUUAGAUUUCAAGUCUGUCGCUCAUCCUUUUACUGUUUAUUGACUUAGUUAAAUUUCCGACAUUAAUGGACAAUGGUAGGAGGAAAUUUUUAUGCCACCGCAGCAUCUGCGAUGCGGUGGCAUAUAGCGAUUCACCUGUGUGUUUGUUUGUGUGUGUGUGUGUGUGUUAUAUAGAUUAUAUAGUGAACUUAAAAAAUCUUCUUGUGAAAAACCACUAGUCCAAUUUCAACCAAACUUGGCAGGAUUGAUCCUUUGGUGAAGGGCUUCCAAAGUUGUUUAAAGAAUUUCAUUCCAUGCAGAAAUCUGGUUGCCAUGGCAACCAAAA